UUCCCUUCUUUCUUUCUUUCUUUCUCUCUCACUCACUCUUCCUUCUCUCUUCCCAAUUUUAGCAAAUUCUCCCUCACAAACCCUCGUUUCACCUCCGCCAUAUGUAUUGGAAACAGACAUGGAUGGCAAUGCAAAGAGGAAACUGGUGCUGAGGAAGGACGAUGAUGAUACUGGAAAGGCAUAUAGGUUCAAAAUCUUGUUACCUAACGGGACUAGUGUGGAACUCACAUUGCGGGAUCCUCAACCUCAAAUGCCGUUGCCGGAUUUUUUACAAUUGGUGGAAGAUGCUUACAAUGGAGCUCGAGAGCACAAUCAAUCAAUGAAAAGGAAAAAGGACAUUAACUGGAUUGGUGCUCCUCUGUUUCUGCACGAUUCCACUGACGCUAAGAUUAAGAACGUUAUUGAUUUCCACAACUAUAAGCCUCACAAAUGUCACAUUUUACAGCUUCAUGAUGGGAGAACUGAAAUUGCCAAAUCUUUUGAGAAUAUGUGGGAUUUGACGCCAGAUAUUGAUCUGCUUCUGGAGCUUCCUGAGGAAUAUUCUUUCCAAACAGCCCUUGCAGACUUGAUUGAUAAUUCCUUGCAAGCUGUGUGGUCUAAUGGGGGAAAUAGUAGAAAGCUAAUUAGAGUAAUUGUUGGUCCAGAUAAGAUUUCAAUUUUCGACAAUGGCCCUGGCAUGGAUGACACUGAUGAUAAUUCCCUAGUGAAGUGGGGAAAGCUGGGUGCUUCACUUCACAGAAAUUCAAAAUUGCAGGCUAUUGGAGGAAAACCUCCAUACUUGAUGCCUUACUUUGGAAUGUUUGGAUACGGUGGACCUAUAGCAUCUAUGCAUUUGGGGAGGCGUGCUUCAGUUUCCUCCAAAACAAAACAUGUGAAGAAAGUCUACAUGUUACAUCUUGAGAGGGAAGCUUUGUUAAAUACAUGCUCUGAAGUCAAAUGGAAGACUGAUGGUGGCAUCAGAGAUCCCUCAAAGGACGAAAUCAAGGACUGUCAUGGAAGCUUUACAAUGGUUGAAAUUUUCGACCCUAAAGUAAAAGAUUUUGACAUAAACAGACUUCAGUGCCACCUGAAAGAUAUUUAUUUUCCCUACAUUCAGUGCGAUGAAUUAUCUGAAAGAGGGAAGACUAUUACCCCAAUCAAGUUUCAGGUCAAUAGUGUUGAUUUGACUGAGAUUCAAGGUGGGGAGGUUGCAAUCACCAAUUUGCAUUCUUGCAAUGGUCCUGAAUUUCAGUUUCAGCUUCGUCUUUCCUUUUCACCUGACAGUGAUGGCAUCAAAACUGCAAGUUCAAGGGAAAUCCAAGUAGCAAAUGCACGGCUGAGGGUUGUGUAUUUCCCCUUCACAAAGGGAAAGGAGAAUAUCGAGAGGAUUUUGGAAAAAUUAGCGGAUGAUGGUUGUGUAAUCAGAGAAAACUUCCUAAACUUUAGUCGUGUAUCUGUGAGGCGGCUUGGCCGUCUACUUCCUGAUGCUCGCUGGACUUUACUUCCUUUUAUGGACAUUAGGAACAAAAAGGGAAAUAGAGCUAACAUAUUGAAAAGAUGUUCGCUGAGGGUGAAAUGCUUCAUUGAAACUGAUGCUGGUUUUAAGCCAACACAGACCAAGACUGAUCUAGCUCACCACAGUCCUUUGACCACUGCUCUGAAGAACAUAGGCAAUAAAAUUUCAGACAAUCAGAAGGCAGAUGUUGCUAUUGAAAUUUUUAAGGAUCGAAAAGUGUUAACUCCUUUACAGCUAGAAAAAGAGUAUGUGGAGUGGUUAUUGCAAAUGCAUGGUCAGUAUGAUGAAGAAGCUGAUUCUGGUGAGGAUCAGGCAGUUAUUAUUGUUAAUCCUGAAAACAAAAAGGAACUUCGGAUCUCUUCAGAUGUUAUCAGAGUUCAUAAGGUUCUGAAGAGAAAGGAAAAAUUAUGGAAGCACGGAGAAAGAAUUAAGGUGCAAAAGGGCGCAUGUGCUGGGUGUCACAAGAACACUGUUUUUGCAACCAUAGAGUACUUUUUGCUCGAAGGAUUUGAAGGAGACGCUGGUGGAGACUCCCGAAUCAUAUGCAGGUCAAUGGAUAUUCCAGACAAAAAUGGAUGUCUCCUCUCAGUCACUGAUGAAAAUGCAAGUUUGGAAAUUCGUGGUUCUAUGUCUAUACCUAUCGGCGUGAUCGACUCUGGAAAGCUCGUAGCUGUUGCAAGUAUUGAAUGGGAAAAUCGUCUUAAGAAGAAACAACAGAAAUCUCCUGCUUUGAUUGACUUGCUGGGUUCAGACCAUUACCACGAUUCAGAGGUUGAUGGGUUGGAAGGACGUAUGAUUUCUAUGCAGCUCGUAGCUGUCGAAAGUACUAAAUGGGAUAAUCGAGUUAAUAGGAAACAACAGAAAUCUCCUGCUUUGAUUGAUUUGCUGGGUUCAGACCAUUACCAAGAUUCGGAGGUUGAUGGGAUUGAUUCAAAUUGUCAAAGUUAUGAGAGAAACGUGAUUGUGAAGCCUUCUCUUGCUGCUGUGAAGUUUACCCUUCAAACUGGUGACCGAAUAGAUGUGAGGGUUGGUUCUCCUUUUCCAACCUUAGCCAUUGCAGGUUAUGACAGCCAAGAUAAACGAGUACCUUUUCAAUCAAUUUCGGAUGUAACAAUCAAAAUUAAGACAGCUAAUAACUUGCACUUUGAUGUUUGUGGAAUGAAAAAUACGAUUACUUCUGACAAACUGACUUUAAAAAUUGAGGAUGCAAUGGUCAUAAGUAAUGAACUUGACAAGAUACGGCCAAGCUACAGAACUUCUUUGUUUAUUGAAUCAAAAAGUAUCCCAUUUGUGCUUUCAGUUCCAUGUCGAGUUUAUCCAGGUGUUCUUAAACUUGUUGAACUGAAGCCAAAAAUAACUGAAGAUCAACUAGUACCAGGUUACAUUUUUGAAGAGUUUAUGUUGGAGAUGUUUGAUAGUUAUGGAAACCAUGUUCCUAAAGGAUUGGAGGUUACUAUUACUCUGACUGGAUUCAUCCUACUGAAUCAUUUAGGUACAGUGCACCAGGUGGAUGAAGAAGGAAGAAUUAAUCUUAGUGGUCUACUGAAAUUGACAGCAGGUUAUGGAGAAAAUGUGUCCAUAUGUAUUACGUUUGAAAAUAAAACAAUGGUCAAGCAGGAUUUUUCAACUGUGAGAAGGAUUUUGAGAAUUGCAUCAGGGGUGCCUGAUUUUUGUGCUGCUGGUGGUCACUUGGAAAACAUUGAUUUUGAAAUUGUCAAUCCUGAUGGAGAAGUAGAUAGAAAGAUUCAUCACAGCGAUAAAGAUGGCCAGUUUCAUAUGCUUACAAUUAAGUCGGACUUGUUAAAUGCAGAGGAAUCUGUUCGCUACACUUUUAUGCAUGGACGCUGUACUGUCCCUUUAAUCCGUAUUCCAGUGAACGAUGGGAUUUUUUGCUUUGAAGCUGCUCAUUCGCAAUAUUCAGAGCUCUGUCUAAUUGUUCAGGUUCCUGUUUUUAAAACACCAAACAAGAAGUUCGAUCUACCUCCAACCCCCAAUAAGAGUAUCAUAUUCCUGCAAGAUGAUCCAGUACUUAACCAAGAAUGUAACUUAAUGCUUUCCGUUGUAAAUAAUGAUAAUGAUGACAAGAAACUUGGUGAACUCAUCAGAUUGGGUGAGAAAAUUGCUAAACUUGAAAAGCGUCUUAAUCUUUAUAAUGAAGGAAAGGCCGAAGCUGAGCAAGAGAUGUUCAAACUACUGGAGAUGGUUCAACAUUACCAAGUGGGCAAUAUGGACUCUUUGUUUACGAAAGAUGAAGUUGUGACCAGAAUUAAACGCGUGGAAAACUGGGCAUCUUCUGUGUUUUGUGAUCUUUCUACCCAAGAAAAGCAACCUUUUAUGGAAGAUAUUAUUGGGGUCGUUGCCCUCCUGGGUACCGUUCAGAGACCUCAGCUUAGUAGAAUGUUGGCAGAGUAUCUUGGUGAAGAUAGAAUGCUAGGUGUUAUCUGUAGAUCUUUUGACACUGCAACUUCUCUUCAGAACUAUAUUCAAAAUGGCGAAAUCGAUUCUGAGCAAGCUUUGCAUGCUCAAGCAGCUGAUCUUGGAAGAGCUAUAAGCAAGCGUUUCCUUGUUAUAUGCUUUGAAGAAUUAAGGCCUUACACGCGGUAUUUGCAAGAAAAUGACUCUCAGAGAAAGCUAGCGUUGCCUAAUCCUAGGUUACCAAAUGGGAGUACUCCACCAGGCUUCAUGGGCUAUGCAGUUAAUAUGGUUGACCUCGACAUCAAUCACUUGCAGACGAGGACAGCUUCAGGUCAUGGGCUUCGGGAGACAGUGCUGUUUAGCCUUUUCAAGAAGCUUCAAGUUUACAAUACAAAAAAGAGCAUGGAAGCUGCCCGUGCUUCUAUAGAGGAUGGUGCUGUUUCGUUAGAUGGUGGUAUUAUAAGGGAAAAUGGAAUUCACUCACUUGGUUUUGGGGAUCCAUUUAUAUGUUUCCCUUGUGUGAACCAGAAGAAUCUACCUCCAGAAACUAGAGCAAUCUGGACCCAGAUUGAAGAAUUGAAGUCUGACUUUAGGAGGAAUGAAGAAACUAUCAAAGUAGCAACUAAAUAUCAUGAGAAGUAUCUAAAGAAAUUUAGAAAGAAAGAAAAUAAGUAUGCUAAGCUUAUUGAUAGAAUGGUGCCUGAGACUGAGUCUUUCGGAAUAUAAGCUGAGUGAACUGUCGAAUAUGUCGGAUAGGCUUCGUUGAUGGAUAUGCGCUAUAUGUUUUGGAUAUACCUUUAAUUUUGAGGUUUCUUUAUUUUCUUUGCUACUCUUGAACACCAUAUAUGUUUAUCUGUUUUUAUUAUUAAUUCAAAAAAAAAAAGGCAUGGAAGAUUUCAGCAGAUGGAAAUGAAUGUUUUUGAUAGAAAAAAAUUCAAUUUAUAUUUUA